GAGGUCCUCGCUUAUCAACUGUGCCUGCCGUCCGGGCCUCUCCGAGCCCUCCGUGUACGAGCAGGUCCAACUCUCACCCAGCAAACUCCUGAGACUGCGAACCAACCAAGCAAAGCAUGGUCAGUGGUGCUCCUCCUCACCCAGAAUUCUACCGGAACCUCACCUCGGGGCCCCCACCUCUGCGCCUUCUCCAGCACCGUCCCCUCAGCCUGGGACAUGCUACCUCCGGCCCCAGCCCUUCCCACGGUCCUUCCCACCGUCCAAUGGCCUCUACCAGCCAGUCACCCUGGCCCCGACCCUGUGCCCCGCAGACAUUGCAGCUCGAUCGUGUCCCAGACUCUGUCUCCCGUGUCCGGGGCCGGUCUCCUGGCCAGCGCCCCACGCUCCCUGCGCAGAGUGUCGUCCGCUCACCCCAUUCCUGGCGCAAGGCGUGCACCCCGCGAGACCCCCUUAAAGAAAGGACCGACUGUCAACAUCCACUGUGCCGUUCACCUGCCCUGGCCCCUUACCCCGGCCGCUGGGUCCGGAGGGCGGUGCCUCCAGGACAUCUCGGGCGGAGGCCUGAGGAGGAGGAGGAAACAGCCGGGGGCGGGGUCCCCGAGGCUUGGGGGCGCGGCACCGCGCAGGCGCCUUGGGGGCGAGUCCUUGCAGACGCUCGGCCUCCCUCGCGUGUGUGCAUGGCGGGCAGUGAGCGGGACCACCCGGCCGUUUCCGGGCCGUGUGGCGACCCCAGGGCUGCGGUCCCUGCAGUGCUGGACCAGGCGCUGGGCGCCCGGCUCUCCCCUCCCCGUCGGCCACCCGUCUGUGUUGUGACGGUCACGCUCGCCCUCCCGCUUGCUCACUGA